AUGGACGGGCCAGCACCACCCGAGGAUCCCCGUGAUCCACAGUUGGAGCAGCAGCAGGGCGACUCGGAGACACAACCGCUGCUCGACGAGGGCAUUGGCAUGUAUUCGGAGGAUUUGGAGAGUCAACAGGAGCCAGAGUACAUUACCGAGUACGGUGAUGGUACUGAGUCGGCACAAAGAGCUCACAGACCGAAUGGAGCCAGUGUGAUGUGUCGUGUGUGCGACGUGUCCGUUUCCUUGGAGGGACGCAAUCAGCAGCACGUCGUCAAGUGUCACAGUUGCGACGAGGCGACACCGAUUCGUCCGGCGCCGCCCGGAAAGAAGUACGUCCGGUGUCCGUGCAACUGUCUGCUCAUCUGUAAGGCGUCGUCGACGAGAAUCGCGUGUCCGCGCAACAAUUGUCGUCGUGUCAUUACAUUGGAAGCGAUUUCAGCUGGUCAACGUGAUCCAGGAGUGGCGAUUCGUGCGCCGACAGGAUCGUGCCGAGUCAAAUGCAACCAUUGCAACGAGAUCUUCCUCUUCAACACACUUACCAACGCGCUGGCCCUCUGUCCGCACUGCAAAAAGUACUCGACCGUCGGGAAUUUCGCCCGGAGACGUGCGCUGCUCUUCUUCGUGCUAGCUGCUACUGUCGCCGUUUUGGCUGUGAUUUUGACGAUGCUUACGAAUGCGUCGACGUUCAACAAAGUCUACAUGGUUCCGAUUCUCGUUGGAUUAUACGGAUGCGCCGUCUAUACCGCCUACAAGUCAUUCAACUACUACACGUGCCGAAAAAGCGAGAUUAUUGGACCUGUCGAGGGAAUCGACAACUUCUGA